AUGCAACCAGAAAGCUCCAAAGAAGUCGAGGCGAUCGACAAAAAAACCACUGCUGUUCUAGAAACAAUCAGCAUCCACGAUGCCGAAGUGGCAGCAGGCAUCGAGAUCUUCGCAGAGGACGACACCCAUCUGCACAGAGCUCUGAAGGAGAGACACAUCGGUAUGAUCACCCUGGUCGGAGUGUUUGGUACCGGGUUGUUUCUCAGCAGCGGAGGAACGCUUGCCAAGACAGGGCCUGUCGGUAUGUGCCUGUCGUACCUGAUUGUGGGCCUGAUUGUGGGUAUGAACCAGAUGGCACUUGCUGAGGUGGCUGCACUGGCUCCGUUGACCGGAUCCACCAUCCGCCACGCAGAAAUCUUCAUCGAUGAUGCCGUUGGCUUUGCGUUGGGCUGGCUCAAAGUCUGGAACGCCAUUCUUCCCGGCGCGCUUGUUUCCACCGCUCUUAUCAUGCAGUACUGGAGCAGCCUGUCGCCGGGGAUCUGGAUCACCGUCUACAUGGUUCCUAUCUGCUUCACCAACAUUUUCUCCAUCCGAAUCUACGGUGAGGUCGAGUUUGUGUUUGCUUUGCUGAAAAUCGCUCUGAUCUUGAUUCUUGUCCUGGCCGGCCUCGUGGUCGACCUUGGCGGAGUGAAGGGCCAGGAAAGACUUGGUUUCCACUACUGGAGAGACCCUGGUCCCUUUGCAUCGUACAUCAAGACUGGUAGCGUGGGACAGUUCAUUGGUUUCUGGGCUGCUCUGUCGUCUGUGGUGUAUGCUUAUGGAGGAGUUCAGGGAAUUGCUCUGCUGGCCGGAGAGACCAGAAACCCUCGUACUAACAUUCCAAAAGCCGCAAAGAGAAUCCUGUACAGAGUUGUCGGUCUGUACAUGAUCGCCGUGUUCAUUUUGAGUAUCAUUGUUCCAUACGACGACCCAAAAAUUGCAACCAGCGACGGCACUGCCGCACACUCGCCAUACGUGAUUGCUUUCGAAAAAGCCGGUAUUAAAGUGCUCCCAGAUAUCGUCAACGCGCUGACGUUGUCGUCUGCGUGGUCCGAGUCGAAUCUCGGCAUCACCCAGACCUCACGUAUUCUGUUCUCGCUCGCUGCCAAGGGCCAGGCCCCUAAAAUCCUGCUCAAGAGCAGCAAAAAACUCAAGGUGCCUUACGUGGGGGUUGCUGUUGGACUGGUCUUCCUGACCUUGGCGUACAUGACGCUGGACUCCACGGCAGCCAACGUGUUCAGCUGGUUCCAGAACAUUACGUCUUCCGUCCUGCUUCUGGAGUGGAUCAUCAUCUCAAUCAACAAUAUCAGAAUGAACAAGGCUCUCAAGGUCCAGGGCUACAGCCGCAGCGACCUUCCGUACACCAACAAAAUUGCCAAGGCCAGUGCGUGGAUCUCGCUGUUCGGUUCGACCCUUCUGCUGGUCACUGGUGGCUUCACGACCUUCAUCCACGGCCACUGGGACACCUCCACGCUGUUCUCAUCCUACUGCUCUCCUAUUCUGUUUGUGAUCUUUUAUCUCGGAUACAAGUUCGUGAAAAAAACCAAACAGGUGCCUCUAGAGGAGAUUUGUCUUCCAGCACUGAUGGAUGACUACCACAGCAAGCCUGAGCCUCCAUCCGAGCCGCUAAGAGGCUGGAAACUUCUCACUUUCCUCUGGGCUUAG